AUGAAGUUCAACACCAUCGUCCUCAGCCUUGGUGCUUUCUGCACCAUCUCCCUCGCUGCCCCUAUCGACGUCAAGGUAAGGCUUUCCUUCUCUAAACUUCCAGCAAGAAGAAUGCUGACCGUGUGCUGUUCUUUUUCUCGUAGCCCGGUACUACUGGUGUGGCAGUCGCCAAGCCUGGCAACAACGGCGUGA